UACUAAGUUGUUUUUGCUACGUGACACGUUUGAGAUAGUCAGGUUAAAGAUUUCAAUGAAUUUGACAAGAACAGAUUAAUAUAAUCGAAAUGACUGAGAAAAAUACUAACAGUGCUUUAGUUCGGAGAGUUAAUAAAUUGCUCGAGUCAAGAGUUGAGCAUGACAAGGAUACAUUAGAAGCUUUAAAGGAGUUGUCAACAUUCUUUACUGAAAACACAUUGAACUCUCGCAGAAAUUUACGUAGUAAAAUAGAGAGAAGGAGCCUUGCAAUAAAUGAAGAGUUCUUAUCUGCCUUCAGGGAAGUGAAAUCAUGUUUAGAUGACAUAUAUCAAGAUGUAUUAGCUAUGAAUACUGCAGUUCAGUGCAUGACAAAUCGGUUGCAAACUACAAAAACUCAGACAUCACAACUCAUAGAGCAGACUGCAAAACUUCAGAAUGAGAGUCGGAUUUUAUCUAUGCAUCACGAAAUUGCAAAUGCAUUUAUUGCGAAUUUUCAAUUGACACCAGCUGAACAAACUAUUCUACAUGGGUCUACCAGGGAAUCACCUAUCACAGAAGAUUUUUUCUCUGUAGUUAAUCAUGUCCAGGAGAUCCAUAGCAAUUGUAGAGUGCUGAUGCAAUCAGGGUAUCAAACAUUAGGUUUAGAUAUUAUGCAGAGAAUGACACUAUUACAAGAAGCAGCCCUUGAAAGGCUGUAUAGAUGGAUUCAAAAUCAGUGUAAACAUAUUGAAAAUGAACGUUUAGCACCAUUAUUAAUUAAAGCAAUGAAUAAAUUACAAGAUAGACCGGUUUUAUUUAAGUACGUUUUAGAUGAAUACUGUACAGCUAGGAGAACUGCUUUAGCGGGAUCUUUUAUAGAUGCACUAACAUUAGGAGAAGGAUACGUUAGUACGCCUAAUCCUAUUGAAAUGCAUGCAAAUGAUCCCAAGAGAUAUAUUGGUGAUAUGCUUGCAUGGUUACAUCAAGCUAUUCCCAUUGAAAAGGAGAAUAUUCUUACUUUAGUAAAAGGCUGUGAUAAAUCAGAUGUGUCUGACCAAAUUAAACAAUGUUUAAGUAAUAUCACAGAAGGGCUUUGUCAUCCUUUGAAGUCAAGGAUAGAGCAUGUAGUUUCUAUGGAUGCACCGGCGACGAUAUUGUAUUCAGUAACAACACUCCUCAGAUUUUAUCACAGUAUAAUUCACCAAGUAAUACCGGACAGUACCUUGGAUUCAACAUUAACGGACUUAUUAAUAUUAAGCGAGAGAAGCUUUCUUAGCAGACUUCAGAAAGAAACGCGCAUUGCGCUUGGUGAACGUGCAGAACCUCCUGGAAACGAUUUAGUGCCAGCUCCAUCUGUUUCCAGAUUAUUGUCGCUCCUUAAUGAAAUUCUUUCGGUGGUCAGCAUUGCAGAAGAUAGAGAAAAGGACAUGCAACAGAUAGUAUCUUGUAUAAUUGAUCCACUGUUGCAAGAAGUCAAUGAAACAGCAUCCAGAUUGCCCACGGUAGACAUGGCUGUUUAUCUUUUAAAUUGUAUGCAUCAAAUACAGUCUACUUUAGCAUUGUAUGAAUACAUGGAUCAAAGGCUAGAAAGAUUGCAAGCUCAGUCUGAUGCACAAAUAGACACACUGACAUCGGAACAAGCUAGUUCAUUAGUUGCACACUUAAAUCUGGGUUCGAUUUACACUAUCUUGCAAGGUCAUGAACAGGGUCCAUUGUCUUCCAUACCUGGAAUGGACCCUUUAAGUGUAAAAGAAUUUACAAAUAAGCUAGAGGCAUUUUUAGUGAUGCCAGAUGUAUUGCUACUGCCUCAAAUAAGUUUGCUACAAAGCAAUAAUCAUCGUUCGAUAACACAAAGACGCUCGUUUGAAGUUAUUGGAGCUAUUUAUAAACAUUUAUAUGAAGCUUGUCAUGAUCCGAAAAAUUUAUAUCAAAAUCCAAAUGGUUUGUUCUCAAGGACACCCGAAGAUCUUUUGCAGACUUUGAUUUCCAAUUAAAUAUCUAUCUGGAGAGAAGAUUUCGAUAAGGAAGUUAAAUGUGUAUGUUAGGAGUAAUGAAUGUGCUGAAUAAGAUUGUAAGAUAACUUUUAAUAAAUUUAUUAACUUAUGUACAGAA